GGGUGAAGGUAUACAUCACAAGAAGUUGAAAAUAGCAUUCUUCUAUAACAUGAAAUAUUUCAUUGUAUGAAUCUUGAAAUCACUUUCUUUAUAACAACUUGAAAAUAGCAUUCUUCUAUAGCAUGAAAUAUCUUACCUUUAGUUUGUUCAAGAUUAAUGAUUUGCAGGAUUUUUUUAUUAUUUUAUUAUUUUUUGUGACCUGAAUGAACAUAUGCUUGGAAUUUACUGCAAAUUUGAUAGGGGAAUACAUUGAAAAGGGAGCAUCAUCAGUUGUUUUUUCAGAUGCUAUAUUUGAUAAAGAGGCGAUGGACCAAAGAAAUUUUGAUCAAAUAUGUCAACUUUCCCAUCUUAUAGCUUUGCGGGCCAAUGAAGCUGUACGAAUGUGGGAAUUUGAGCCUCCUAUUGCAUAUGAUUUUUAGUUAACCAUUGGAUUAUUUUGUUGGUGAUGGUAGAAUUAGUAGAGGGGGAAAAAAGACAGAAAGGGAAAAGAAAUGAUUUGAGACAAUGAAGAGAGAGAAACUUAGGGUUCUCUCCCUCAUUUAAUAAUAUUUAUGUUAAAUGAGUUCAAAGUACAAAGUACCUGCAAGUAACAUAACAUAUCUUGUUACAGUUGUUGAUACAAUUUCUAAGUGUUAACAAGCUAUGCUUUCAGCAUUUUUACAAAAGCCACUACUACCCUCGCAAUUGUUCUGGCUUUCUUGAGUUUGUUAGUACUCUAUCUUCUUGAGUUCGUUGGUAUUUAGAUACAUUCUAAACUUUCCUUCUUCUUGUUUAUGAAUGAAGUUUGAAUAACCAAUGAAUUAAUGCUUGAAGACGUUAAAGUUGUUCCCCUAUUUUUUGGGACUCAUGCUUCAUUGUCUGUGGGUUCUAAUUGAUUCAUGUACAUUUGUAGGAAGAGAGUGUGUAAUCUCAACAAGUUUUAUGAAUCUUAAGUAAUUCGUGUUUUACCAGUCAAGUUCAUGUUAAUCUCUCAAGUGCAUCAAACGAGUUUAUUGACAACCGGUGCAAGCUGCAAACUGUGGUGGCUUGCGACUGUGGAACUUGGACUUUUAAAAGGCCGCCAUCCUCUUUGGAAAGAUGUCGAUAUUACCCUUAAUCCUUCAAAAGGUUUAGCAUGGGUGGAAGGCACAUCAUCUGAUAAAAGUGGUAGAGUGAACAAACUCCUGAAUCUUUCCCAGUCAAAUGUUUUAAAUGGGUAUUCUUCAUAUCCUUUAGAGGAGAGGCUUGGAGAAAGUGAUAUCUCAGCUAGCAUCAGUUCAAGAUUCAGAUGUGAUUCACAGAGAAAUCCUGAAAUUGAAGAUAGAGGAUUGCAACAAAAGAGCAAUGGUACAUUAGAGCAGGCUAGCUCUAUUGAUGCAGUAUUAGUCAAAGACGAAGGCAGUCCUAUAGAUGAUGAAAGAGGCCAAGUGCUCCAAACUGCACAAGUGGCUAUGAAUAUGAUUGAUGUGACCAUGCCUGGUACUCUGACUGAAGAACAGAAGCAGAAGGUCCUAAUGGCUAUGGGCCAAGGAGAGGCAGUUGUGAAAGCUUUGCAAGAUGCCUAAUUUAUGUGCUUCACAUGUCAAUAAUCUUUCUCCAAGUUAUCUUUCUCCCUCCCUCAAAUUAUAGCUUUGUGAAGCAGCUCAAGUAGUAAAGGUGGAUUCUUCCAAGGUUGAUGAGAGCAAAGGAAGAAAACACAAGCAUCUCGUGAGUCACAUUGUCCGACAGUGUUAGACAAUUUUUGAAAUUAAAUUUUACUUCAUUUUAUAUCUCUCUCCUCCUCUUUUGGUCCACCUCCUCCUCCUCUAGCCACUACCACCUAGGGGUGUAAACGGCUUGGUCAAGAGUGAGGGAAAAUUUAGCACUAAAUUGGAAUUUUCCAUUUUGUUGAUUGAAGAACUGAAUCAAACUGCAUGCUACGGUUUGGUUUUGUUGGUUUGGUGUAGAUGAGGGAUUCACAUGAGAUUUUAAAGGGUUUUAUAAAAACUUGUAGAAUCCCACAUUGGUAAUAAAUAAAGAAAAAUAGUGAGAGUUGUUCUAUAAA